UGUAGACUUACUUGACUGCUUCUCUGAAAACUACCUCGGAUUGAAUAACCAUGACUUUAGAAGACGUUUACGGCCAGCAGACAACCGCCGAGGCUUCCGUGUCCGCUGGGGAAGCUUUGGAAGAGCUGCUCGGCUCUGCGAUUAGCCAAGGCUGCCUGACUGCCGGAGUGUACGAGUCUGCGAAAGUCAUGAAUGUCGACCCCGACAGCGUGGCUUUCUGCGUGUUGGUCACCGAUGAGGAGUACGAGUGCGACAUCGCCCUGCAGAUCCACUUCACUCUCAUCCAGUCUUUUUGCUUCGAUAAUGACAUCGACAUCGUGAGGGUUAACGACUUGCAACGCCUGACUGAAAUCAUGGGAAAGGGCAAAGAUUUUGAAGAAAUCGAAGAUCUUCACUGCCUGCUCAUCACGAAUCCUGGUGAUGAGUCAUGGAAAGAUCCGGCAUUAGAAAAGCUGAAACUCUUCUGCGAUAAAAGCCGCAUGAUUAACGACUGGCUGCCUGCUAUCACUCUACCCGAGAGAUGAAUUGGGUGACGUCACUCGUUUGGAAAAUCCCGAUGGACAACGUGAUUGGUACAUCAUGUUGAGCAAACCAGAGCUGGCAAAGCGACCCGCAAGGUGCGGGGAUGCGAACGGCGACGGUUGUGCCCCCACCCGCCACCUCACCUCGCUAAGGUGCAGGCGGAGGAGGGGGUGAGGAAGAGGACGAGGAGUACAGAUGAAGGUCCUCUUCAGUUUCCACUCUUAACGUGCCCACUUCGUGUGGAUUACAGUUGAGACAUGGACAGAAUGGUGCUAUUUGAGCAAGGGCUGUGAGAAGAUUCCUCAAAUAAGCUCCACCAAACCAUUUUAUGGACUUGGGAGUGCAUUUUUGUGCUGAGUCGGAGAAACUUCAAAUUGGACUCGCUAUAUGUGAUUGAAAAAGACUGCUAUGUGGCUGAUUCAAGAUAAUGUUCUACUGGGUCACCUGUUCAGUGCCAACUUAGAGAUGGCAACCUGUGGCAUGCAAUGUUUUCCAAAGAAUUCUUGCCUAGAACUACUUCUGAGUAAAGAUCUUAUGCAGCAAAAGACUGGAGAUGUUCAAACAACCUGAAUUGAAUAUUUUAUUCAAUUUCUAAUAGCAAUCAAUUUUGAUUACCAAUAAAAUUGUUUUAUAUUAA